AUGAACGAAAAGUUAACCGAAGAUGAUAUACGUAAAUCAUCAGAUUCUAGCGAUAUUGGCAGAGAUGAAUCACUUUCGACUAUUUCCACUACUCAACCUCGGGGCAGCAGCAUCGAUUGGGUAGUGUGUCGUAUUUGCCAAGGUUCAACCGAUGAUGUUAGUAUGAUAUCUCCCUGUCUGUGCAAGGGCUCGAUGAAGUACGUGCAUCUGGAAUGUUUGGAGCUUUGGUUGAACCGUUCUGGAUUAACGCAUUGUGAAUUAUGCUUACACACCUUUCAAACGCACGAAACGCUGCGCUAUGGUUGUUGCGAAUCAAUACUAGUGUGGUAUCGCAAUCCGGACAAUCGCAAUCUUUUGAUGUCCGACCUAUUAAUUUACUCAAUACUGUCGUUUGUGUGUUUCAUGCUAACACUUGUUUGCAUGCUCGUGCUACGCUUUCAACACUCACCACACGAUCCAUUUGGAGAAGAGCUCGCAAAAGUUGCUGUUAUCUGCUUCCUAUCCCUAGUGAUGAUUGCUUAUUUUUCCAAUGUGAUCGUUAUUGCAAGGGAUCAUAUGCUGCCUUGGUACCGUUGGUGGCGAUCUGCUAGAAACAUACGGUUAUCAAGGCUAGAAGUUGACCUUUAUCGAGUAGAAACGGUGUAG